AUGGCCACCGUAAUCAAAGACGACAUGAAGCCAAUGAUGAUGAAGAAAUGCAGGUAUCAGCAUACCUACAUUAAUAUUAAUCCGCGUUCUUCCGUGCAACAUUUGGCAAGAGAACUUAAUGUAUCCGUGGGAAAAGUGCAUUUGAUUUUGAAAAAAAAUAAGUAUCAUCCAUAUCGGCCAAACUUAGUUCAACAUUUAGUACUUGGUGAUUCAGAGAGAAGGCUUACGUUUAUUGCAUGGUUAUUGGUACAAGUUCAAGAGGAACCACAGUUUUUGGAUUACAUUUGUUGGACUGAUGAAUCCAAAUUUACUAAUAACGAUAUUAUUAACAAACAAAAUAAUCGAUAUUGGUCUGAUAGUAAUCCAUUUUGGACAAACGAUACUAAUUUUCAACACGUAUGGGGAACAAACGUUUGGUGUGGACUUGUAGGUGGCAAAUUACUCGGUCCUUAUUUUUAUGAUGGCACAUUGGCUGGUACGAGAUACCUCGACUUCUUAUCAAAUCAACUCACCAUUUUUAUGGAAGAUGUUCCACUAAACAUUCGCGUACAUUUAUUUUUCGUUUAA